AUGGGGAGGCGGGCGGCAGGGACCUCCAGGCCCCUUUCAUCCCUUUCCACGCUGGGGCUGAGACCUGCCCACCCCUGCGGCAGCCUUUACCCUGCGGCCCCCACCCCCCACCCUGGGAGGAUUGGCCCCAUUGUGGAAACUGGGACGGGGUUGCCACAUCUCCGCAAGGGCUGCCUGGGGCCCUGGAACCCGCCGGGCUUCUCUCUCCACCCCGCUCACUCCCACCUCCCGCCUGCCCUCCUGUUUGGCUCCUGGAUCCAGGAAUGCCCCAUCGGCUUUCACAAAACGUCAGUGGAACCUCGUGUGUGGAGACAGCUGGAAGGUUCCGCUGGAGCAGGUUUGGCCGCCGGACAGUUUUUGUGGCCUCCCUGGUGCUGGCCACAGGCCUGGGGGCCAGUGAGGCCCUGGCUGCCAGCUUCCCUACCCUGCUGGUCCUGCGCCUACUCCACGGGGGGACAUUGGCAGGGGCCCUCCUUGCCCUGUACCUGGCUCGCCUGGAGUUGUGUGACCCUCCGCACCGCCUGGCCUUCUCUGUGGGGGCUGGCCUUUUCUCGGUGGCAGGCACCCUGCUGCUGCCCGGCCUGGCUGCGCUUGUGCAGGACUGGCGUCUUCUGCAGGGGCUGGGAGCCCUGAUGAGUGGACUCUUGCUACUCUUUUGGGGGUUCCCGGCCCUGUUCCCCGAGUCUCCCUGCUGGCUGCUGGCCACGGGUCAGGUAGCUCGAGCCAGGAAGAUCCUAUGGCACUUUGCAGAAGCCAGCGGCGUGGACCCCGAGGACAGUUCCUUGGAGGAGAACUCCCUGGUUACAGAGCUGGCCAUGCUGUCUGCGGGGAGCCCCCAGCCCCAGUACCAAUCCCCACUGGGGCUCCUGCGCACCCAAGUCACCUGGAGAAAUGGACUUAUCUUGGGCUUCAGCUCGCUGGUUGGUGAAGGCAUCAGAGCCAGCUUCCACCGCAGCCUGGCACCUCAGGUGCCGACCUUCUACCUGCCCUACUUCCUGGAGGCCGGCCUGGAGGCGGCAGCCUUGGUCUUCCUGCUCCUGACUGCAGAUCGCUGUGGACGCCGCCCCGUCCUGCUGCUGGGCACCAUGGCCACAGGCCUGGCAUCCCUGCUGCUCCUCGCCGGGGCCCAGUAUCUGCCGGGCUGGACCAUGCUGUCCCUCUCUAUCCUGGGGCUCCUGGCCUCCCAGGCUGUGUCCGCACUCAGCAGCCUCUUUGCAGCUGAGGUCUUCCCCACGGUGAUCAGGGGGGCCGGGCUGGGCCUGGUGCUGGGGGCCGGGUUCCUGGGCCAGGCAGCUGGUCCCCUGGAUGCCCUGCACGGCCGACGGGGCUUCUUUCUGCAACACGUCGUCUUCGCCUCCCUUGCUGUCCUCGCCCUGCUGUGUGUCCUGCUGCUGCCUGAGAGCCGAAGCCGGGGGCUGCCGCAGUCACUGCAGGACGCCGACCGCCUGCGUCGGUCCCCACUCCUGCGGGGCUGCCCCCGCCAGGACCACCUGCCCCUGCUGUCGCCCUCCGACUCCUGCUGGGCCGGCCACACCCCCGAGCAGCGCUAGUCCUGCCUGGUGGCCCUGGGAGCCAGAAUGGGACUGAGGUCAAGGCCUGGAGCAUGACUGAGUACCCCAGACAUCUGGUCCAGGGGAAACACAUUCGCCUCAGAAGCCCGUGUCUCAGUGCAGGUGGAGCCGUGGGGACAGCAUGAAGGCGUCCUCAGCCAGGCCCCAGGCACUGGGAGGCCUUGGGUCUCCUCCCUGGCCACACCCAGCAGGUGUGGAGGAUAAAGGCUUCCAUGGAA